GACCUGGAUGAAAACCUGGCGAGCAGCGUCUUCCUCCCGUCGUGUGUCUGGCUGCUCCAUGUCAGAGCUGCGGGCCUGACGCCGGGCUGAAGGUCCAUCUGUCCGAUGACCUGCCAGUCGUCCGACUCCACAGAAACUAUCGAGAGCGAGGGACGAGUCGACAACGACUCCAGAGCUGUUGAAUCAGAUGAGAGCCGCAUCGCCUCAGCCAUGAAAGAGCUCCGGAGCACAGGCUGGUACUGGGGAACUCUGACCGCUACUGAGGCCAAAGAGAUCCUGCAGGACGCUGCAGAGGGGACCUUCCUGGUGCGGGACAGCUCUCAGAGGGACUACCUGUUCACCAUCUCCGCCAUGACGUCGGCGGGUCCCACCAACCUGCGGAUUGAGUACAAACAUGGUAGAUUCAAGCUGGACUCUGUGGUUCUGGUGAGGCCGAAACUGAAGCAGUUUGACAGCGUGGUCCACCUGGUGGAGCACUAUGUCACGCUCUCCAAGACCAGCAACAAGACAGCAGCAGACUCUCGACCCUCAGCAGCGGCGGCGCCCAACGGCACGGUGCAGCUGCUGCUUACCAAACCUGUGUACACCGCUACGCCAUCGCUGCAGCACCUGUGCCGCAUCGCCAUCAACAAGACGACGCGGCAGGUCCAGGAUCUGCCACUGCCCAACAGACUGAGGGACUAUCUGACAGACUAUGCCUACAAUGUGUAGACACAGGGCGAGACUACACCUCUGUGUGGAGGAGUACCACUGCAUCAGCUGUGUGCAAUGCCACCUGACCUUGGAUCAGUUCCAUCAUCAGUUCCGACAGGGCCCAGCGGGUCAGAGGCAAUAAUUGGUGGUGAGUCGUCAUGGAAGUAGGCAGAGUUUUCCCUCCGGACACGGGUCCUGGACAGACGUCUCUGAAACACACUACUGUGUGUGUGUGUGAGUGUGUGGGUGCGCAGACGUUAACACAGAGACUGACCACGAGCUACACAACACGCCCCCGAUACACACACUUCCUGAUGAUAGUUUCAAAUUAAAACUCAUAUUUUAAAAUCUUUAGGAAUCUCAAGUUUUUUUAUGAUCAUUGAUAAAUGACCCACAAGUUACAUCACGUAACUUCACUGUUGUUAGAAAUCUAGUGAUUCAUUUGUUCAAACAUCGAAAGAAUCUGAAGGUUUUUGCUCCUGAAACAAACUGUAAUGUCCCUCAAUUCAGAUGUUAUCACAGUGUGAUCAUCUCUUCCAGCUCUUCUGGUUUGUGAGGGGUCAGUUUUCAGUUUUCGAUCCUGGACGUUGUGAACAGUUGCUCUCAGGUAAACAGGACUUUGUGUUGCAUGUUUGUUCACAGGUUUGAUGCUCGUGUUGAUGAUGUUCUUCUGUUAUUUUUCUGUCAUCAUCGUUGGAUGGAGGGGCUCUGUCUCCUGCUCUGUGGCUAAAUGAGUAGCUGUAUAUUUACUGAAGGUUUGUACAUAUCCCAGCUGUGGCUCUGACGCUCUCAGCUGUUUGAGUUUAAUAACUUAUUUAUUGAUGGUGUCACACUGUGUGAUUGUACAGCAGCUGCACACAGCAGGUUCAGGGCCUCUGUCAAACAUGAGAUCAAUAAAAGUUUCACAUGGUGCUUCA